UACCGGCUGGCCACGUGCUGGUGCACGUGCACUACGCUGCGUUGAACUUCCGCGAUGUGAUGCUCGCUUCCGCCAAGUUGGACGCAGAUGUGUUGCCCUGUGGCGACCCGGACGCUGUAGUUGGCUUUGAAUUCUCUGGUCGACUCUCGAGCGGCCGCCGAGUCAUGGGAAUGAGGAUGGGAGGUUGCGUGUCUACGGAGAUAAUGGCACCUGAUUAUCUCUUAUGGGAUGUUCCUGAUGAAAUGACUCUCCUUGAAGCUUCCACAAUACCUGUUGCCUACGGAACGGUGGUGUACGCACUGGAGAUGGUGGGCCGCAUGGCGGCGGGCGAGAGCGUGCUGGUGCACGCGGCCAGCGGCGCCGUCGGACAGGCGGCG